GGGUGAACCCGGUUGUACCGACCUACAAGCUACCGAUUGACAACCAUAUUAGGGAGCAUACGAUACUUAUAUUUUAAUUUUAGCCGACAACUCCAAUACCCUUUCUCGUGAAUUAACGACCCAGAUCUGCUAGAGGACAAUGGUCGAAAAUUGAGUUAUACCCAACUAAACCUUGCCCGUCAAAUAUGACAAGGAAAAUUAAUGGGUUAAUUGCAUGGUUGGUCACUGAGAUUACAAAAAAUGUUCAAGUUUGGUCACUCGAAAUAUUUAAAUCCAUUGGUGGUACUUUAGUUUAUUGAAACCGUUCACGUUUGAUCACUCUCCGUCCAACUCCGUUAACUUUUGCUUACGUGGCGGUCAACUCUAAAAGUUGACCGUUAAAUGUGUGACGUGGCAGUUAAAAAAUAAUAAAAAUUAAUAUUUUACAAUUUCCACCUAUUUUUACAACAAUAUGCUGCUACAUAUAAUUGAGAAUUCUGUUUCUAAAAAGCCCCUUCUCCAUUUCCCCAUUUGAAUCCCCUCCCCAAUUCCAUCAGAGAUGGAAAGCUCAUUUCCUUCGUUCCAAUUUUUCUUCUUCUCGAGAAGAUGCUGCAUUUUUCCUUCUCCGACCUAUUCCCCCCCUCCACCGCCAUAGCCAAGAAAUCAACUCCGGCCACCGUCCUCUUCCAAGACUAUUACAACGAGUGGUUCAAGACCCUGAAGACGAAACUCCUCCCACUAGUACAUCGUUCCCUCUCCCGACCUUUCCCCGCCGUCGCUGCUCUCCUCCAAUGUUCACCUCCUCCACCACUUUCUCUCCUACUAAGACGCCCUGGACCUCGCCGCCAACCUCCCUCACCUCCACCAGCCGUGGCGCAACUCACUUGGCAGCAACUCCACUGCCAGAUCAAGAUUCAUGACGGCGACACUGAGUAGGGACUGAACAAGGACCGGAUCUAUGGCGCUAUUGCACGGUCGUUGAUCCUAAUUUUUGUCGCGGUGGCUAUAAUGGACAAACGGAUUUUGGUUGUCGUCGCCAUCUCUUCCCAAAUUUCAAGAUCGAGAACCCUACUCGUCGGCCGCCGCCACGCCUCUCUUGGCUGAUUCCUUCCUCUCUCGCAGACAAAGACCCCUAGCUUCAUUUCCCAAUUAUUUACAUAAUCUCUGUUGGAGGGGGUUGGGUGGUGGGGAGUCCGGAGGUUCGACGGUGAAACGGAAAGGGGAGAAACAGAGGAAGAGGUUGGUUUUGGUAGGGAAUUAUAGGAAAAGCCUCUUCUCCGCUUCCUCUAAUCUGCAACUCCUCAGCUUUCCUCUUUUGCUAAUUUGCCCGAAUUGAUAGAAUUAGUGGCUAAGAUGAUCAAUUAUUGCAAAGAUGAGGUGGAAAUUAGAAGAAAUUAUGUUUUUUGUUUAUUUUAAAUAAAAGUGAUAAUGAGGU